AUGGGAGCAACUCGCUCUGAGUCUCCUACUCAGCCGGGGCUUGAAGUCGCAAGACCAGAGGAUCGUUUGUUUAUCUCCAAUGGCUACAAUCCCAAACCUCUUUCAGCAGGCGAUAGUGCCGACGCACCAAUACCAGUGAAGGCAGAAAUGCCCCCUCAAAAAGCCAAGCUACGCGCACGAAACGUUUGGAUAGUUGUGGUAAUCAUCGUCAUCGUCAUAGCUGCAGCUGUUGGUGGAGGCGUUGGCAGGUCAAUCGCGUCAAAAUCCGACCACAGCAAGUCCAGGUUAGUGUUUCUUUAA